AUGCUUCUAUCCGCUCUUUUAGUACUAGUAGGCUCUGCCUCAAUUGCAGUCGCUCGACCUGGACCCCAUAAUUCGGAUCCGCCCAUCCCUACGCCCUAUCCGGGUGGUAAUGGAUUUUCAUACGAGGGGUGCUACGCGGAACCUCGCGGGGUGAAUGCGUUGAAAAAGUCUUGGUUUAACGAUGGUAUGACGGUGGAGAAGUGUUUGUCCUUUUGUGAACCAAAGUAUGGGCAGUAUGCUUGGGUCGAGGAUAACAAUGAAUGUUGGUGCGGCGACUCGCUUGAUUCAAGAAUUACAAAGACGGGGGCACACGAGUGUAAUAAACAAUGUGGCGGGAAUAGUAAACAACAGUGUGGAGGAUUACGCAGGGGUAACUUAUACAAACGAACCAGUUCUAGAGGUUCAGGAGCAGAGUGUAGUGCAAAAACAUCUACCGUAACCGUUCCGAGUAAUGAUUCCCUCUUAUUUACCGUCUACUAUGAUACCAGUACUAAUGGUAACUUCAAAAUAGCUACCGUUGUCCGUGAGGCUACGGUAACCGUUACUCAUUCAUCCACAAUCACUCGUUCAACUACGGUUACGAAAGCGGGUACUACUGUUGCGGUUCGAGCGCCCGGAAGCGGUAACAAGCCCUCUACGACUACGGUAACGGUACCGACUACAGUCACCGCUCCAAGGGAAGUCACGACGGUUACUAUUCCUGGGGCUGGUCAAGUGACCACGGCCACUGUCCCAACUACUGUCCAGCUCCCAGCAGAGGUUAUCACUGUGACAGUUCCGACAACCCUUACCAUUCCUGGCGCUGGAGAGGUGACUACUGUCACUGUCCCUACUACUGUCAAUGUACCGGGCGAUAUGACCACUGUAACUGUUCCCACCACCCUUACUAUACCUGGAGCUGGGGAGGUGACUACCGUCACAGCUCCGACCACUGUCCAGCUCCCAGCGGAGGUUACCACUGUGACUGUCCCGACUACCCUUACUAUACCUGGAGCUGGAGAGGUUACUACCGUCACAGUUCCGACCACUGUCCAGCUGCCAGCGGACAUUAGUACUGUGACAGUCCCCACUACCCUUACCAUUCCUGGCGCUGGAGAGGUGACCACUGUCACUGUCCCUACUACUGUCCAGCUCCCGGCAGAGGUUAGCACUGUGACGGUCCCAACAACCCUGACCAUUCCUGGGGCUGGAGAGGUUAUCACGGUCACAGUUCCUACGACUGUCAAUGUACCUGGAGACAUGACCACUGUAACAGUUCCGACAACUCUUACUAUACCUGGAGCUGGAGAGGUUACUACCGUCACAGUUCCGACCACUGUCCAGCUGCCAGCGGAAGUUAGCACUAUAACAGUUCCAACAACCCUUACCAUUCCUGGGGCUGGAGAGGUAACCACUGUGACAGUUCCGACUACCCUUACAAUUCCUGGGGCUGGAGAGGUGAUUACCGUCACAGUCCCUACCACUGUCAACGUACCUGGAGAUAUGACGACGAUAACAGUUCCUACUACCCUUACUAUACCUGGGGCAGGAGAGGUGACUACUGUCACCGUUCCGACCACUGUAAAUGUACCGGGAGACGUCACCACGAUCACUGUCCCGACCACUACUACUCUUCCGGCAAUGGAUGCUAUUACUGUUACUAUUCCUACAACUCUCACCAUACCUGGAGCAGGUGAGGUGACUACAGUAACUGUCCCGACAACUGUCCAGCUCCCAGCAGAGCUUACCACUAUAACAGUUCCCACCACUCUGACUAUUCCUGAGGCUGGAGAGGUGACCACUGUCACUGUUCCUACCACUGUCAAUGUGCCCGGGGAAAUGACAACUGUCACACUUCCGACUACUAUUACCAUUCCCGGAGCGGGAGAGGUGACUACUGUUACCGUUCCUACCACUGUAAACCUACCAGGAGACAUUACUACAGUCACUAUCCCGACCACUACUACUCUUCCGGCAAUGGAUGCUAUUACUGUUACUAUUCCUACAACUCUCACCAUACCUGGAGCAGGUGAGGUGAUUACAGUAACUGUCCCGACAACUAUACAACUCCCAGCGGAGCUUACCACUGUCACAGCAACGUCUACUUCGACAGUUGACGUGCCCACAACUGUAACUGUUCCUACUACCGUCACUCUCCCUGGCGAGAGCGUUACCAGUACUGUUACUAUCCCCACCACCGUCACUGGAGAGCCUACAACGAUAACUGUUCCAACCACUGUAAAUGUGCCCGGUGAAGUGACCACCGUUACUAUCCCAACCACCGUCCAGGUUCCUGGAGAAUGCACUCCCACGGCAUGCUCAGUCGCAACACCAAUCACCAAUCCUGAUUUCGAGUCCGGAGAAACAGGAUGGGGCUCAACCACCACCGGUUCUGGACAGCUUGAUAUAGGAAGUACUGGCGCAAUUAGCGGCCAACUGUACGCUCGCGCUAGACUUAGCUCUUCCUCGGCAUCUGUGACGCUCACACAAACCGUAUCAUUAUGCCCCGACACAAACUACCAAUUCUCUAUCUAUGUCAGAAGACCCGUAGCAACAAGUGGGUGCGGACUUACCGUGCUUAUGGAUACCACGAUCGUGCCUUUGAGCGGCACCAUUGGCUCCGCGACUGGAUGGAUUACGCUCACGGGCUCUUAUAGACCAACGAAAUCUACCAGUACUCUCAGUCUACGCACUUUAUGUUCAGGCACCGGAUCGAACAGGGAGCUUAAUUUGGACCUGGUGCGCUUUGUUCCUGUGUAG